UAUCGUGAAAUAACGGGGGUUGAAGGCGGCGCCGGCCGCACCCCGGCGUCGCGACGUCAGUCGUCGUUCCAGCGUGGCUCAACAAGUAUACGCGGCGCCGAGUGAGAGAUACAAAUUUCGAAAAACCGUGACGUGUGACUCCGUCGUAUGGCUGCUUAGCUUUAAAAAUGCGUUAGACCGUGACGAGCGGAGUGGAGUGUCGAUCACGAGCGAAAGGAAUAUAGAUUCUCUUAUUAUCUUCGGUAAUUAAUCAACGAGUCUGCUUGAAAAUCGUGUAAGAAGUAGGAGGAACGCACAAUGCGAUCUAAGGUAAUGAACGAGAACACCUGGGGGACAAAGUGGCCUACGGAAUCGUCGCAGAACGGUAAAGGCGUGCGACGGACGACGAGGGGAACGGAAUCGUCGGGCUUAAAUUUGUCGAAAUCCGCGAAGGGAAACACGACGCGGGAUAGAACUCUCAGGAGACUGGAGAGCAAUGAACGGGAGCGUAUGAGGAUGCACAGUCUGAACGAUGCCUUUCAGUCUCUACGUGAAGUGAUCCCGCACGUUACCAAAGGUAGACGCCUAUCAAAGAUCGAGACGCUCACUUUAGCGAAGAAUUACAUAGUAGCCCUCACGGAUGUGAUAUGUGCCAUGAGAAACGAGGAGCGGCCGGAGACAAGCGUUUCUGAGCCGAGUCAAGCUUCUUUGGACAGCGAGCGAUUGGAACAGAGUGCCGUCCGCGUGAACAUCGCCAGCAGCAGAUCCUGCGGCUCAGAGAUUCAGAAUUUCUAUCAGAAUAAUCAUUCGCGAUGGGAGGAUGAUCGUAAUAACUCCACGGGCCUCUGAAAAGUUCAAGUGGCAUUAUUAGAAUAGCCUUCGACGAAUUGAGAUCUCUUCAACGAGCAGCAGUUCCAUCUGUCUUCCUCUUUUAAUCGUGCAUGUCUUUAGGUUCAGAAAAUUUCUUAUAAUUAGGAAUUUAUCUUUCGACGCGUAUGUGCGAGUCUUAGCGUUACUAACGACAUAUAAUUCCGACAGACGUAGUGAUCUAAAAUCUUGAAUGUGUGCCAAAAAAACAUAGUAUUUACGACAGUAACGAGAAAGAACAAGAGAGUAAUAUAUACGUGUAUAUUAAUACUAACAUGUAUUAUUUCAUUUCUCGUAUACGAGAGAGAGAAAGAGAUAUCACGUUAGUUCUUAAUGGUGCGAGACGCAAAAAGAAAAAAAAAUUGGGAUUUGAGAAAUAUAUAGAAACCUACAUUUAUAACGUUCACGCGAAGAAAUUUCGCGAGUUGCAUAGCAUAUUUUCGUGUGCAUUCGCGGUCAACAUUACAAAGCUAUACAAUUUUAUUAAAUCGUCACUUUAUGUACCUGUGUAUACCUUAUCAUUAAGGUUCACAAGAACAAACGGUCUAUAUAAA